GCAUGCUCCUGCGGAAUCUUGGCGCCCGCGUCGCCCGUGCCGGCGCGCUCAAGGUCGCUUCGAUGCGCCUGCCGAUGACGGCCGCCUGCCUGCCCAUGCGCCAGCUGCCGGAGAUGGCCAUGGCGCUGCCGCUGCGCGCCUUCUCGACGGACGCGCCAAACAUGGGCAACCCGCGCGUCUGGGUCGGUGGUCUGCCGUACGCGACCUCCAAGGAAGACCUCGCGUCGCUCUUCGCCGAGUUUGGCACGAUCGAGGCCAUCGACAUGACGUCCCAUUUAGAUGGCCGACCCAAGGGCACGUGUAUCAUCACGUUUGCGUCCGGGGCCGAGGCCCAUGCCGCGCUGGCCAUGGACGGCAAGGUCUGUGGCACGCGCUGGAUGCGUGUGCGCCUUUCGGAGGAGCGCGCCGUGACGCCGAGCCCCAAGCCUGAGAACUGCCUCAAGGUCUUCUUCGCCAACGUGCCGUUCAAGACGACCGAGGACAACAUCCACGACCUCUUCGAACACUGCGGGCCGAUCGCCAAGAUCGUGCUCAUGCGCGAUCCCGCGACGGGUCGCUCCAAGGGCUAUGGCUUUAUCGACUUUGAAAAAACAGAGAGCACGGACGCGGCCGUCCAGCUCGCGCACAAGUACGUCCAGGGCCGCCUCAUGAACGUCAACUACGCGCCGUUUUCAACGCCAUUGCGGGAGGAGCCGGCGCGCCACAUCAGCACCGUCUUCAUCGCCAACCUCCCGACCGACGUCGACGAAGACACGCUCCGGGCCAUGUUUGAGCACUGCGGCGACAUCCGCACGGUGCGCAUGCCAGCGAACGGCACCAAGUCGUUUGCCCACGUCACGUUUGCGUCCGUCGAGAACGCGGCUGAGGCCUUGAAGCUCAGCGGCAGCGAGUUUGACGGCCGCCGCCUGCACGUGUCAAUGGCCAUCAACAAGGCGCGGCCCGGCAAGCCCCAGCAGUAGUAGUAGACAUACCCCACACCCUCCACCCUCACAUAGAGCUCCAUAUUACACUUGCA